AUGAUCAUGGCAAAUUUUGUGUUGGUUAUGACUUGUCUGCAAAUCAUCAUCAUUGGUGCCGCCUCUCAACAAAUAGAAAUUCUUCGUCAUAUCAGUACGACUGAAAUAGCGCAGAAAUGUCAAACUGUUGUUCACAAGAAAUGUGAACGAGAGGCAAAAGGUAAUCUAACCAAGAUAGGUCUUGAUCUUCCCAGCUGCCGCCUUUAUUGCUAUUCUAAAUUGAGCGACGGCAAACUCAGGGUCACAUUGACAUGGCUUCCUGAUUAUAUGCCCUGUCUUAUUGGGAACAUAUGCAAAAAUGGGGAAUGCAUUUUUGAUGAGCGAAUACAAUUAUAA